CAGUUCAUCCGUGACACCGGAAGUGUUUCGUCAAGACACGGAUAUGAAUCUUUGCAUGUUUGUGUGACUAAAAGGCGCCGAUUUGUUCCGUUGUUUCGUUUAUUUAAACUGCUGGAGCUUAAUCGACAUAUUACUGGGAAGAUAAGGAGCUAGCCUCCGGUGUGUGUUCCGCUAGUUGUUAGCUGUUAGCUGUUAGCUGUUAGCCGGUGUGUGUUCCGUGAUGGCGGCGGGAACAACGACAACUCAUGUCGGUGAUGUAGAAGAAGAUGCGUCUCAGCUGCUGUUUCCUAAAGAGUUUGAGAACGCAGAGACUCUGUUGAACUCCGAGGUUCACAUGUUGCUGGAGCACAGGAAGCAGCAGAACGAGAGCGCCGAGGACGAGCAGGAACUUUCCGAGGUCUUCAUGAAGACCCUGAACUACACGGCUCGCUUCAGCCGCUUCAAGAACCGCGAGACCAUCACGGCCGUACGCAGCCUCCUCCUGCAGAAGAAGCUCCAUAAGUUUGAGUUAGCCAGUUUAGCUAACCUGUGUCCUGAAGCUGCUGAGGAGGCCAAAGCCCUCAUCCCCAGUUUGGAGGGUCGGUUUGAGGACGAGGAGCUGCAGCAGAUCCUCGACGACAUCCAGACCAAGAGAAGCUUCCAGUACUGAGACCCUGACCUCCAUCAGGCCCCGGUCCUCCCUCACACUGUUUGAUAUUUUUUACUCUCUGACCUCGUCUUUGUGCCGUCACAAUAAACUCUGAUUUGUUGUUUUUUUUA